UUUAACGUUCAUGAAAAAUUACUAACCAAAGAUAAAGAAAGAAAAAUCCAAAAACCUCCCCUUACAUACAAAGGGAUCUUUCAGAUCCGUUUAGAAUCUCUCUUCAAUAUUUUCUCUGGAUGAAGAUAUAUUUUGUAUGUAUUACUUGAUCAGCUUGAAAAAAAAAACUUGUUUCCUCCUUUUCUGUUCUUGGCAUUUUCUUUGUAAACAUAUGCUUUUAAAUACUUAUUCCUUGAGAAAAUCUGUAAAGCUCUGUGAAAUAUAGACUUUUAAAGGUUUUGGUUUUAGGCUUUUGAUCAUAUUAUUUCAAAGAUCAUCGCCUGUUUUUCUUUGUAAAAUUUUUGCUAAAAAAAAUUUGUUCCUCGUUUUCCACAUAGAUAUCUUUAUUUUUUCAAGUUUCAGUGGAAACAAACAGGUUUUAAAAGAGAAAAAGAAAACCCAAUAUUAUGGAAGCAAUUUUCAUAUCAUCUUCAGGUGAGAGAUCAUUUUCUCCUUACAAGCAACUCAAGAAUAUUCCAAAGAGAAAUAUCGGAGCUAACUUCGUUUCGAAUCCAAACGAAAACUUAGCUCCAACAUACACCAUCAAUGGAGGAGGAGGAGGAGGAGGCGUUUUGUUUGCUCCGCCACCGUCUCUCUCCUUUUCUUAUCCUCCUUCAGGUUCUCUUCUCAAUCCAAUGUUCUAUCAGCAGAUGCAGCAGCGGCAACCCCCUCUCCUUCCAUUUCCAUCCCCUAAUAAACCUCCACAUAGCUCUCUUCCUUCUCGAACCCGAAGCCUCUCUUCCUCUCCUUCUAACAGGAAAAACCACAGACCCAGAGACCAAUCCCUCACACCCAAGAGGUCGAAAUCAAAACAACUCAUCCCUGGGAAAAUAGAGGAUCAUCCAAAUAAAGAUCAUUUGAAGCCAACAGAAGCAACAAAAACACAGGCCAUAAGUAAUUUUCCCAUCACGGCAUCGGUUAACCCGUUAGGACCCGACCCGAGUGAUCUCCCUAAGGUUUUAAAGCCAUCGUACAUAGCAACAGGUAGCGUCGCCAAAGGUUUGGAGAAGUUUUCAGGUUCCGUCUUUACACUCUCUCCACCGCCUAGCAGCUUGCCUUUGCCCAAGUUCUCGCUUAGACCGAAGCUCGGAUGCAACGCUGAAGCCGCUGAGUUCGAUGUGGGAGCCACUGACAAUCUCCGACGGCUCCUACGUCUCCAUUGAGUAAACGAAAGCUUGAGUCGGUUUUGGUUCGUGGUGCAGUUUGAACUUUGAAGGGUCCUUCGCUUAAAGGGCCUUAUUAAAUUUAAGGGUAUGCUUUCCUCAAUCGACUAGUAGUUUUCUAUUUUCCGUCUUCACGUUUCUCUGCUGGGUACUAUUAUUAUUUCAUGGGAAAUAUUGUGAUCACCUCCUGUGUUUUUUUUUUCUGAAAUGAGGUGCACGAAAGGAAAAAAAGAAGAAGAAGAAGAAGGGUCGUCGUCUUAGAUUUGUUGAUGAUUUUUCUUCUUUUAUAUCCAUGGUUGUGUGUAAUAUAUAUGUGUUUGUAAUUUAGAUCCGCAUAUUGUGAUCACCACCUUGUUUUUGAAAUGGGGUGAGCAUAAUUAUACUGGCGGAUGAUUGUAUGGUUGAUUUCUGUAGAAAAUUGCCAAAAUUAUUGUUGUUGUUAUUAUUAUGAAAA